GAUCAAGUUUUUACUAUACUGGAAUCUCAUGCUGUGUCACUGUCCUGUCAGAUGGAACAUGCUGAAGAUACUGAUGUCACACUAAACACCGCUUUUCACAAUUUGACCUAGCGAAAUAAGUAUAUGAUAGUUGACAUCGGCGGAGAAACAACGGAUAUCACAGUGCAUUCGAGAACAAAUUUGGGAAAAGGUUUAGACGAGGUUGUUUUUCAAUAUACAGGCCCCGGAGGAGGCAACAAUGUCAACCAAAAAUUCAUAGAUAUUCUAAGAAGAAAAUACAGUAGGUAUUUCGAACAGUCUAGGAAUACUGAUACCUUCAAGCAUUUAAUAAAUCAGUUCCAGUCUUCCAUACGAAUGCCAGAUACCCAGAUGAUACAACUCCACGCUCCAGGAAUGAGUCAGGAAAUGAUUAUAAACACUGAAGAACUUGACAGCCUUUUUGAUGAACCAAUUAAGCAGAUACAUCAAAAUUUGAAGGUAGUUUUCAAUAAGGAGAAGGUCGAUGUAGUAAUUUUGGUGGGCGGAUUUGCAGAAUGAUCAGAAUUCAGUCUGCAAUUAAAGACUUUUUUUAAGGAUAAAACUGUCCUUAUACCCAAAGAACCCGGACUUUUCAUGCUUAAAGGUGGUGUUUUCCAUUUAAAGCAGUUGGUAAACGAAUCCUUGGAGACUUACGAAGUGACGAUAUAAA